UUUAAAAAAUAAGAUCACAGAGGGAAAUUUAAUUCACGACAAAAUUUGACCUCGUUAACAACAUAGUUUCUCUAACCUGAGUAAUGGUUUGAUAUAUAAAUCUGUAUCCAUAAUCAAUACAUAAAGAGAGAAAUAGUGUUUGUGUCUGAUAAUGUCUUAGCGCCAUGUCCAGUUUGGAGCUGUUUAACACAGGACAGUAUGCACAGUUGCUGAUCCAAGAAGACUCUAACAAUAGGCCAGACAAUCUUUCUGAACAACUUAUAAAGCAGAACAACAAAGCUGUCUUGCUAUAUGUACAGGAGAAGAAUGCCUCCCAUAGGUUGCAGAUGGCCUCAAUGUGGUCUCAAUGCCUACAGACAUGUGCAAGUGUUCCAGCAACUCUUAGUGUGAUACAUGCAGAGUUAUCAGCCCUUUAUAACGUGUCAUACAGCUCCUUGUUGGUGGAUGUCAACUUUGACAAGGGACUGGCAAUGUGGAUCAGGACAUUGACAAGAUUUCACUGGUGUUUGCAAGGGAAGCACGUCACCCCAAUUCCCCCUGAUGAAGAUCUACAUGAGAGAUGUGUGCAGCUACUCAACACCUGUACCAGCCUGAUAUGGUGUUAUUCUAACAACCGUGAAGUGCUACAGCUGUAUUGCCACUGCGUGUGGAUAUGGGGCAUCUAUGAGCUAGCCAGCAAUAGGUGCCUGAGGGCCCGAGACUUGUGGAGCAGUCUGGCACAGAAUCUUUUGGCUGUUGGUGACCUGUCCACUCACCCUAAACAGCCUAUAUGUAAGCCCGCACUGUGCCUGCCACUGUUUUUAGACCAUCGGCAAGUGGAUACCUCUCCUGACCAGGUUCUCCAGAUAACAGGCUUCCUGGAGGGCAUUGCAGCGUCCCGCUUGCAUCAAUAUGAUCGUGUCCUUUCACUGCUGGAAAUGGUUACCCAGGAGAACAUGGCUCUCUUUGCAAAAUUUGUUACUGGCUAUGCCCUAUGGAGGCAGGCGAGGUUCUCAGAGAGUAUCUCAGUACUGAUGGAGGUGGUGCGCUCUCGAGACCUACUGACACCCAGGAUGGAGGCCCGGGUACACUGCCUCAUAGGCUGCUGCUUCUCCAAGAUGGACAAGGUUCAGCUGAGUAUAGCAACAUACAAGGAAGCCCUUUGUUGUGACUUCAGCUACCUGCGUCCCCUGUAUCUCACGGCGGGGCAGUACCGAUUGCUGGAACAGCAUGAUUUGGAACUGGAAUGCCUCAACCUGCUUGUCACUGCUCUUGAGAUGCGAGAGGAGACAGUCAGUGGUUCCCUGGAUAGACUGGAUGUGAUGUCACUGGUGGAGAUGGGGGACUCUGAUAUACAGUACAGUCAGGCCUUGUACAGCAUGGCCAGUAGAGCUGCACAGCUUAACAGACAUGAUGUGAGUGCGGAAAAGUACACCGAACUGCUGAAGUACCUGACAUCUUACAAAGCAACUGCUGUAAAGGAGUGUGAAAGUCUGCCUCCGCUGAGGUUGCUACACCACGAGGCUACAGAAUCCCUUCUAAACAGCCACAGGUACACAGAAUGUCUGGACCUCUGUGAUCACAUGUUGGCAUGUUGCCAUGGAGACACAGGUAUUCUUCAAUGCUCAAAGGAGAGGGCUUAUUCAGCCCUGAAUAAAAACCAUGAUGGUUGGAAACAUUGUGAAUUUAUGUCACAUGAAAGCAGUGGUUUUGAAAUGCUUACUGAAGAUUUAGAAAAAGAAUUGGGGGAAAGAAGUCAAGGCUGUAGUAAAAUAAGUGACUCUUGGAAAGGUUUUGAGAGGCCCCAUGUGUAUAAGAAGAAAAAGAUGCGUGAUACAGAUGGGAAUAUUUCAGAUGAAAAUCACUGUAAAACUGAUCCUGUUGCGUUGAAACUGAAGGGACUUUGUUUAUUGAAGCUAGGGAAGCCAGAAGCUGCAUUUGCAUGUGUUCAAAGUGCUAUUGAUGCUGUGAGCUUGAGUCGUGCAAUCCGGAUACAAGCCGUAAUCAAGGACCUACAAGAACCACCAACUAAGCAACGUCGACUUACAGCCUCUACGUCCCCAAGAACUAACAGGUUAAUGGAUAAUGACGAUUCACAGUCUGACUCUGUGGCUCUAACUGGACAGUGCAUACGAGACAAUAGAAAGGAUGACGCUGGGUCAACACAUGCAGCUGGAAUAAAGCUGGAACUGGAGCUGUACCAGAUAGCAGCUGAUAUACUCAAGUCUAUUAAUAAGCAAAGUGAUGCUCGCCAUUUUAUAAGACUUAGUGCAGAGUUGAAAUUAAUUGAAUAGUUUGCAAAGUGCUUGUUUAGUGGCCAAUGUGUUGAAUUUUGACUGUCGGUGUAAUACAAAUUUUAAGGGAAGUUUUUUAAAGAAAU